AAUUUUCUUUAUUGGCAUAUUCGUCUUAAAAAAACAUUCGGUUAUCGAUAUCUUGCGUUCGUUGUGGUUGGUUUAGCCGCAUUCUUGAAAAAUAUAGUGUUUUAAGUUCCGAAAACUAUUAUAACUUAUAAAUAAACAUUACCGAAACCAUGGACAAAUGAAUGUAUACAUGAAAAAUUACUUAAAACCUUAAAAAUUUGAUGUGAAAAAUAUUAUUUUUUGUGGUAACGGUUUCGUUGGAUUUCAUAGUUGGUGUUGUUUUUGACUGCCGUUGUCAGGCAAUACUCACACGUCGUAUAUAUUUGGUGUAGCUGUGUAUUUGGCCGGUCGUCGUGUAAAUAUUCGCUUUUAACCGCACACAAAUUGGAACAAAAAAAAUAAUUCCAAUUAGUAUUGAAACCCCAAGCAAUAAUAUAGUAGAAAACAAAAAUGGCAAAAUUGGACGAAAAAAUCGGUUUCAUUGGUGGCGGCAAUAUGGCAUUUGCCAUAGGUUCCGGUCUAAUAAAUCGUGGAAUAGUAAAGACCGGUCAAGUCUUUGUAUCGGGACCUAACAUUGAAAAUUUACAGAGAUGGCGUGACAUUGGCGUUGCCACAACUGAUGACAAUAAUGAGGUGCUAAAUAAAUCCGAUAUAAUUUUCAUUUGUGUUAAGCCCCACAUCUUGGCACCAUGUGCAGAACAACUGCGUAACAAUCAUGUGCGCACCAUCAAAGACAUGGAAAAACUGUUUGUUUCGGUGCUGGCGGGUGUCUGUUUAAAGGAUUUGGAAGAGCAAUUUUCCUUUAUUGAUCGGCUGAAAAUGAUACGCACAAUGCCCAAUACACCUAUGCAAGUUGGUGAAGGAUGCACCGUCUACACUCCCGGUUCCUAUGUCGUACAACAAGAUUUGGAAAAAGUACAUUUAAUGUUAAAUUCAUUGGGUAUUGCCCAGCAAGUACCCGAAUCGAUGAUUGAUUGUGUUACUGGCGUAUCGGGUUGUGGUCCGGCUUUCGUUUAUACUAUAAUUGAAGCUUUGGCUGAUGGUGCAGUAAAGAAUGGUGUUCCACGUCAAAUGGCUUUACAAUUUGCCACUCAAACUGUUCUUGGUGCGGCAAAGACUGUUUUGGUGACCGGAAAACAUCCUGCCAUUUUAAGAGAUGAAGUCUGUUCACCAGGCGGUGCUACCAUUGUGGGUGUACAUGAAUUGGAAAAGGGUAAUUUAAGAUCUACUAUUAUUAAUGCCGUUGAGAAAUCUUCACAAAGAUCCGCUGAACUUGGUCGCAAAAAUAAAUAAAAAGUAAGCCGGGCUUACUAAAUGAAUGUAUACUCUUAAAAUAUGUUUCAUGUUUUGUGUGAAAUAUGUGUUUGCAACAUGACAUCCCAAAGCCAUAAUAAUUACAAUAAUAAAAUAAAUAUACUCAAAAUAUUUGACUAAA